AAUCAUUCGCAGGGAAAUUCACAUAAACAAAGGAGAAAAUGACCAAACCCAUAUUCAACAGUUUCUACUUUUCAACUCACUACCAUUAUUUAAUCAAUUUUCAUUUUGUAUUUUCUUCUCUUUUUUUUUUGUUUUAAAAUACUUUUAUUUUUUACCCUCCUAAACCAUUUGAAAACCCCUAGAAAGAGACCGUCCUUGAUGAACUCAACAUUGAUUCCUCGUCAUCAAACCAAAUCUCCAAUUAUUUUUAAAUAUUUUUAUUUUGGGAUUUCAAUUUUAAAUAUUGCAACCAAAAACCCACAUUUUGCCUUUGUCUUCAAGCUUCACUCUUCCUCUUAUUCCAAUCCAACACAACACAGCACACUCCUCACUUCUCAAUUUCACACUCAAGUCAAGGUUGUAGCAGUGGCUAUGCCCGAAUGAAUGGGUCGAAUCCAUUUGGGUAUGGUUCUCUCCUAUUUAUUUCAUGAGAAGAAGAAGAAAUAUUACAUAUAAAUUGUGAAAUGGAUUUCUGACUUUGUUUCUGGUGCUCUUAGAUCUGUUUGCGAGUGCAUUCGAUCCACCCCCCGUAUAGAUACGCCACAAGGUUAGAUCAUCACGUGUUCGUAAAAUUGCGGUUUUCGUUUUUUUGUGCUUUUACCCCUUUGGCACUGUUUGACACAUUUGCUCGGUGGAGGAUUUCGUUGAUUCGUACCCUUUGGGCGAAAGAGUGUUUUUUGACUUCAUUUUAUGUUGGGUUUGCUGGAAACAACAUAUGGCUUGCAUAGCUUUGGGGUUGGGAAUUUGAUGAUGAUGCAUGGUCAGCUGAGUGAUGAUGGGGUGGUUGUGGGGUUUAUUGGGUUUUCAAGGAGUUGGGUUUCUCGUUUGUAUCUGUAUUUGCUGAGGGUGCUGAAGUACAGGAAUCAUAUAUCAGCAUCUUAGGUGUUUGAGGUUGUUUUGUAUGUGAUAAUGGGUAACGGCACUUCUCGUGUUGUUGGCUGUUUGGUGCCAUUCAAUGGAAAAAGUGGGGUUGAUUUGGAGUUUCUAGAGCCAUUAGAUGAAGGUUUAGGCCAUUCCUUCUGUUAUGUGAGGCCAUCCAUUUUUGAAUCCCCUGCCAUUAGUCCAUCAAACUCUGGUAGGUUUACGGUUGAUUCCAGUACCCUUGAUUCUGAAACCUUGAGUGGAUCCUUUAGGCAUGAUAGCAUAGAAGAUUCUUCUGGCAUGCAUAAGUCGGGUAAGAAUUUUCCGGAAACCACAUUCAAAACGAUUUCGGGGGCUUCUGUUAGUGCUAAUGUUUCAACUGCGAGGACUGGUAACCAGAGCGCAUUGUUUGCCAGUGACGUCCUGGAACCUGCUGCAUCAUUUGAGGGGACUGCUUCAUUUGCUGCAAUCCCUUUGCAGCCUGUACCCCGUGGUUCUGGACCCUUGAAUGGUUUCAUGUCUGGACCUCUGGAGAGAGGUUUUGGCUCAGGUCCAUUGGAUAGGGGUGGCGGUUUCAUGUCUGGGCCAAUAGAGAAGGGAGUUAUGUCAGGUCCUCUUGAUGCCACUGACAAAUCCAACUUUUCGGCACCACUUGCACGUGGUCGUCAAAGGCCACGACUGCAACAUCUCAUGAGAAGUGUAAGUGGACCAAUGAAGAACACUCUUUCUCGGACCUUCUCUAAGCAUUCCGCGGGUGGCAGUUGGAUGCAAAGGUUAUUCUUUCAUCCAGUGACUCAACUAGCCUGGCAUUCCAAAGAUCCAAAGUUUCGACCAGAAGUCUCUAGGAGCUGUGUUGAAGUUGAACCACCUGAAGGGGAGUAUAAACAUAUGCACAAUUUGCAGUGGGCUCAUGGCAAGGCUGGCGAAGAUAGAGUUCAUGUGGUGCUUUCUGAAGAACAAGGGUGGUUGUUUAUUGGGAUAUAUGAUGGUUUCAGUGGACCUGAUGCGCCUGAUUUUCUGAUGAGCCAUCUAUAUAGAUUUAUAAACAAGGAAUUGGAAGGUUUACUUUGGGAGUAUGAAGAUAUUCCUGUAGGUCAACAUAAACCUAUAGCCCCUGAAACUGUAAAACCUAUGGUUCCUCCAGAAUCCAGUAAACAUGAAAUGUUUGAUACUCUAACUAAUUCAAAUCAAGAAAGUUUAGAAGCGUCUUCCAGUCCAAUAAUGAUCAAGGAUCAAUCCGCUAACAGUGAGAUAGUUGAAGAAAAUGCUGUAGUUAAGGUGAAUGUUGAGCAACAGUUACCUGGUAUCACAUGUACUGUUCCAGCAUCUGUUCAACUUGGACAAUUGACUGGAAAAGGUAGAAAAAGUGUGCGGCUUUAUGAGCUACUUCAGAUGGAAUCCUGGGAUGAACAUGGUUUUUUGUCAGUCUCAGAACAUUGUAAAAAUUCUUCUAUUUCUUGGGAAUCAACACUAGAUGGCCGAAUGAGACCCUGCUCGUCUAGUGUAAAAGAACAUAGCUGUAGACAUCAACAUGAAGGUCCCACUACAUCAGGAGAACAUGGAGGCUCUAGGUUUGAUUCAACUAACCAUGAGCCAAAAGCUGCUUUUUCUGUUUCAGGACAAAGGCAGAAUUCAAGAAAGUCAGUUAUCAGUACAAAAAUUAGAAAAAUGUACAAGAAGCCAAAGUCCUUGUAUAAGAAACUUUUUCCUUGGAGUUAUGACUGGCAUAGGGGGGAAAGUUUUGUUGAUGAGAGAAUGUUGGAAGCCUCAGGACCAAUUAGAAAGUGUAAGUCUGGAGUAGAUCAUAACGUAGUUUUAAGAGCAAUGACUCGUGCUCUUGAAAAAGCAGAAGAGGCAUACAUGGAAAUGGUGGAGCAUAGUCUAGACAAAAAUCCUGAGCUUGCUUUAAUGGGAUCAUGUGUUUUAGUGAUGCUGAUGAAGGAUCAAGAUGUUUAUAUCAUGAACCUUGGAGAUAGUCGUGUGAUUUUGGCACAGGAAAGACCAAAUGAUCGUCAUCCUAAUCCAAGUUUUGUCAAGGAUGAUGUGAGGCAUAGAAAUCAAUCUAGGGAGUCAUUAGUACGCAUGGAGUUGGAUAGGAUAUCGGAGGAGUCCCCUAUUCAUAAUCAUAAUAAUCAUGUUAACCAGAUCAAUAAAAAUCGAGAGAUAUCCAUUUGCAGAUUAAAAAUGAGGGCUGUUCAGCUUUCCACAGAUCACAGCACUGGUAUUGACGAGGAAGUUUUUAGGAUAAAAGCAGAACACCCUGAUGAUAAGCAAGCCAUAUUCAAUGAUCGUGUGAAAGGGCAUUUAAAAGUCACCAGAGCAUUUGGUGCUGGGUUCUUGAAGAGGCCAUCUUUUAACGAAGCUCUACUGGAGGUGUUUCAAGUUGAUUAUGUGGACACUACACCUUACCUAAGCUGCACUCCUUCUGUCAUUCAUCACCGACUUUCCUCAAGUGAUCGGUUCUUGGUACUCUCCUCUGAUGGGCUUUACCAAUAUUUCAGCAAUGAAGAGGUGGUUGCCCAUGUCACAUGGUUCAUGGAAAAUGUCCCGGGAGGUGAUCCUGCACAAUACCUUAUCGCAGAGCUUCUUCUUUGUGCUGCUAAAAAGAAUGGAAUGGACUUUCAUGAAUUGCUUGAUAUUCCUCAUGGAGAUCGACGUAAAUAUCAUGAUGAUGUAUCUGUUAUGGUGGUUUCUUUGGAGGGAAGGAUUUGGAGAUCAUCAGGAUAAUUCCUUGCCCCCUCUCUAAAUGCUUCUUUUUAAUUUUUUGUUAAGUGCCUUCAUAUUUGCAUGUUGUCUUGAUGCUGGAACAAUUUUGGGCCAAGAGUAAAAUGAUUUUAGAAAUAAAAAUUAGUCUCUGAAAUAUAUUUUGAAAUG